AUGACUUAUUAUGCCCUAUUGUCUGUACACCUUAGCAGUGCAUCAUCAAAUGAACAUCUGAAAUCUUGGGAAGUAUAUGAGCCAGAUCAUCAGAUUCUAAGUCCUCCUCACCCUCCCAUACAAGGAUCUAUUGUUGAAGCAAUCAAAGAUAGUGAAGUUUUCAAACUCAUGCACCCAAUUGUUCAUCAUCAUCGAAAUAGCUUAUCCACAACAUCUUAUGAAGCUGGAAUGACUUCCACCAUGGACAAGAAGAGAGAAAGAAUUGAAAAGAUAUCACGUUGCAAACCCCUUAUACUUUAUCUUCAAGAUCAAGGUCGUGGAAGUCUAUUUGGAAGGCUGGCAGCACAAAUUCCCACUAUAACUAAAGCCAUUGAAGAAGAGGAUGACUACAUGACAGACAAUGUGAUAGCUUUAUUCAUUCAACUACUGAGUUUUGAUGAUUUGACUCUGCCACAGAGAUUAUCACACUUGGCAAUUCUUUGGGCUUUUCUUGAAGAUUCAAAGCUAUGGAAUUUGUCACUGAUAGGCACCAAAAUAGACCAGGCCCCAAUCUCUCGAGCUGUUUUAGAGCUAUCUUUCACAAAAAACUUUGAUUUAUUUGCAGAGGCUACACGUGCUACAAACUUCCCCAAUAGAAACUUUGCAAUCUUUCCAGAGGGUUUGCAUAGGGUUGGUUUACUUGAAUAUAUCAGAAAGGAUUGCUUAGAAUCAUUUGAAAUCCCCAGUAGUGAUCACCUAAUGACUUCAUAUGAUGACUUGAUCCAAUCGCGCUGUCCACUACAAGAACAUAUUGCCAAAGAAAUUACUCUCAGGUGUAUUGAAAUUGUAGAAGUGCACAUGGAUAUUAAAACUAGAGACUGGUAUCACUCUUAUAAAAUGCUUGAGCAUCUUGUACAAUUCAUUCCAGCAAGUAGAAAAAUACUAGAAUACUCACAAAACCCCUUGCUGAAGGAACUUCUUCAGAGAAUAUCUAGGUGGAUCUCUCUGAGACAGGAUAUUGAUAGUUUCCUAUCAAGUCACAAGGUGGACCCGUAUAUCUCACUCCUGCUUUCACCUUUCUCAAAGCACAAACCUGUAACCUUGGAUCAUUAUGCGUACAUAAUUGGUGUGUUUGCGAUAGAAGAAGGAGCACAGAACAGAGCAAAAAUGAGAUCAGAAACAGGAUCAAGCUCAAAAUCACAAUUAGGAGAAGGAGAAGCACUAGCUCAUGGAAAUGAAGUGGGAUGGGACUCUCAAGGGGCACCAACACUAGAUCUUUCUCAUUCAAAUGUAGAACACUAUUUACCAGAAGGAGAAGAACUUCAAGUCUAUCUCAAGGACAAGUCAUUCUUGCUCAAUAUCAUAUACAGGGCCAGCUCUGAUAUAAUGGGUUCUAAGCAGUUUCUUGAUUUUCAUCUUCAAAACAAGGACAAUGAAUAUAGUGUCAAAAAUCCUCAAAGGGAAGCCAUAAAAGAUCCUGGUGGUGCAGAUUGUGCUAUAUGCCUAUCUGAUUGCUUUUGGGGACAACGUUACUAUGAAGAAAAGAGCUCUGGACGGAUUAGCUGUCCUAAGUGCCGUGAUGACAUCCGGGCACCCUUUCGCAUUAGACAACACGUAUUUUGGGCAGGGAAAACUACACGCUCAAAAGACCUGACAAUUAAUGAGACUAUCAUCAUUGUUGCCGAAAGAAGAUCCCAACUGUUGAUUCCCUUGAGGAAGCUAUAUGAUUCUCUUGCACAGUUAAGCGACAAGUAG